GCCCCUCUCCUCCUCUUCCUCCCCUCUCUCUUCCUCUCCCUGAAUUUUCUCCUCUCCUCUCAGGUCAGUCCAUGGUAUUCCGCUCCCCCCUAGACCUCUAUUCCUCCCACUUCUUGUUGCCAAACUUCGCCGAUUCUCACCACUGCUCCCUACUUCUGGCGAGUAGCGGCAGCGGGAGCAGUGCGGGCAGCAGCGGCGGGGGAGGAGGCAGCGGCAGCGGCGGCAGCGGGAACCGUGCGGGAGGCGGCGGUGCUGGCGGAGCAGGCGGCGGCAGCGGCGGCGGCGGCGGCUCCAGGCCCCCGGAAGAGUUGUCCAUGUUCCAGCUGCCCACCCUCAACUUCUCGCCGGAGCAGGUGGCCAGCGUCUGCGAGACGCUGGAGGAGACGGGCGACAUCGAGCGGCUGGGCCGCUUCCUCUGGUCGCUGCCCGUGGCCCCUGGGGCGUGCGAGGCCAUCAACAAACACGAGUCGAUCCUGCGCGCGCGCGCCGUCGUCGCCUUCCACACGGGCAACUUCCGAGACCUGUACCACAUCCUGGAGAAUCACAAGUUCACCAAGGAGUCUCACGGCAAGCUGCAGGCCAUGUGGCUCGAGGCGCACUACCAGGAGGCCGAGAAGCUGCGCGGCCGCCCGCUCGGCCCGGUGGACAAGUACCGCGUGCGCAAGAAGUUCCCUCUGCCGCGCACCAUCUGGGAUGGGGAGCAGAAGACCCAUUGCUUCAAGGAGCGGACUCGGAGCCUGCUGAGGGAAUGGUACCUGCAGGAUCCCUACCCCAACCCCAGCAAGAAACGCGAACUGGCGCAGGCCACCGGCCUCACCCCCACACAAGUAGGCAACUGGUUUAAGAACCGGCGACAGCGCGACCGCGCAGCCGCGGCCAAGAACAGGCUCCAGCACCAGGCCAUCGGGCCGAGCGGGAUGCGCUCGCUGGCCGAGCCCGGCUGCCCCACGCACGGCUCAGCAGAGUCACCGUCCACGGCAGCCAGUCCGACCACCAGUGUGUCCAGCCUGACGGAGCGCGCGGACACCGGCACUUCUAUCCUCUCGGUAACCUCCAGCGACUCGGAAUGUGAUGUAUGAUAGCCAAGGCCGCCCUCCUCCUCCUUCCCCUCCUCCCACUCCACCUUCCCCUCCUCCUCCUAGCCCUGCUCCUCUUCCUCUUCUUCUACUCCAUCCCUAGAACAAACCGAAAUCAGGAUACACAGCCACACACACACACAAGUCCAUACACACUCCCACCCCAGCCAAAAAUAUAUUUAAAAAAAAACAAGAAAAAUAAAUUAACCUCAAAUCAUCAACAACCCCCCACCACCUACCACCACCACGGCCACCCCAAAGGACCGCGACGCCAACAGACAGUCACAAACGCUGAUGUUGCGGGCAGAAAGCAUAAAAGAGGUGACAAUUGUAUACUUUCUAGGACAAGCACGGCUUCUCCUUUUGGUUCCCACGGACCCGGCACCCCACCUGCAUGACGAUUUAUUUGUAUCUGGGAAAAUAUUCUCUCUAGUUUAAAAUGAUUUAAAGAGUCGACUAUACAAAAAAACGCCACCAUCGCCGCCGCGACAAGACGACAAAAGCAAACAGACAAAAAGAAAAAAAAUCUGACAUCUCCGUUCUGAAUUUGUUUUUUUUUUAAAGGAAAGAAAGAAAGGAAAAAAAACUCCUCGAGAGAAAUAGCAAAUGUUUCUUCCUUCUUUGCUCUUUUCUCCUUUAGCCCUAUCCAUCUAUCUAUCUAUCUAUCUAUCUAUCUAUCUAUCUAUCUAUCUAUCUCUGUUUUUUAAGUCCAAGUAUUGGUCAAACAAGAUGCAAUCCUCUGUUUUUGUUCAGCCGACAAUCAUUUUCUUCGUAAGCACCUUUUUCUCUCCACUCUGUCACUGCCUGUGUGGGUACUGGUUAUAAAUGUGGAAAAAGAAUAGUUAUGACUGUAACAGAUUUUUAUUUUUAUUUCAAAAUUUUAUAUGAAUUAUGUAUAUCUUAAUGAUCGGUCAUUUUCCCAGUUUGUAAUAUAUGUGUAGAAAUUGCUUGUAUAUGAUACCUGCUUUUCUCCUCUCCCUUCUCUCUCUCUCUCUCUCCUCCCUCCUUCCCUGCCCACUCACCUCUUUCCUUUGGGGAUUCUCGGCGUCGACUUGGCAGUCGAGGCUUGACGAGGUGGCCAGGGUUAGAGCGAGAGAGGGACCCUGUCGCUAGCAAAAGCAGAGAGUGAGACCGUAGUAUUCUUAUGCAAAAGCUAUUCAAGUUUUCCUAGCCGCUUUGGAGGCCCCAUUCACUCCCGUAGGGCGCUUUUACUGUUAUCUUAACUGCGUGUUUAUCUAUAUGUAAAAACUUUCUAAAGCAAAUACAGUAUUCUCCAUUUUCUUAUGA